CGUGCACUCAGUGCCGUUUCCGCCCGGCCUGCUGAGGAGGAGCGUUUGGCCGUUGACUGUUGCCGCGGAGGGGGAGGGGCCCUGGCUGCUGCUCCCUGGAGCUCCCUCUCCCGCCGGACGCCUAGGAAACGCCGUGGCGCCGAGCAGGGCCUAGUUCCCGGGGCCCGAGCCACGGGCCGGACAGGUUUCCCCAUGUCCGUGACGUGUUGGCCGAGGCUCUGCGGCUGCUCCCCGCCCUUGGAGCUGCCAGUCGCUACCCUUUGGACUCCGUGAUCCCUGAUAAACGUCAUGAGCAUUGCAAUCCCUCUGGGAGUCACCACACCAGAUACAUCUUAUUCAGAUAUGGCUGCUGGAUCUGACCCUGAGUCUGUGGAAGCUAGCCCAGCUGUUGGUGAGAAGAAUGUGUAUGCAAGUCACGGCUACGGGGCUUCCCAGAGGCACAGCUACCGAGGGCUGCCUUAUGCAGAUCAUAAUUAUGGAGCCCCUCCUCCUCCGACCCCUCCUGCUUCUCCCCCUGUCCAGACCAUCAUCCCUCGUGCUGAACUGAAUGGCUUACACCCUCAUGAUGAAGAAAAUUCUGGUGACACAGAAAGCUCUUCUGAGGCAGAAUCUAUUCCCAGCUGGUGUCACUGUAGUCUCUCUCAAGAUGGUUUCCUCAUCAAAUGUGAGAAGUGCAGGGGAAUCGGCAGGGGGAAAUUGAUCAGGCUCCACCGCCGGAAGCAAGAUAACGUGUCAGGUGGAGACAGCAGUGCAACAGAGAGCUGGGACGAGGACCUCUCUCCCUCCACAGUGUUGUACACAGCUACUCAGCACACCCCUACAAGCAUCACUUUGACAGUCAAUCGGGUCUGCAGAACAAAACCCAAAAAAAGGAAAAGGAAUACAGAAAGAGCUCGUACAGCACCAAAGGCCAAAAAAAUUAAGGCUUUUAGAGAAGGUUCAAGGAAGUCUUUGCGGAUGAAGAAUUCUCCUUCAGAAGCCCACGCCCUGGAUGAGAAUACACCAGAGGGGUGGGAAAACCGCAUAAGGCUCUGGACUGACCAGUAUGAAGAAGCUUUUUCUAACCAGUACAGUGCAGAUGUACAGAAUCUUUUGGAGCAUCAUCUAAAUGCUAAUAAAGAAUUUGUGGGCAAGGCUGCUGUGCUAGACACAAUCAAUAAGACAGAGCUGGCCUGUAACAACACAGUCAUUGGAUCACAGAUGCAGCUACAGUUGGGAAGAGUGACACGGGUCCAGAAGCACCGGAAGAUUCUCAGGGCAGCCAGAGAUCUGGCAGUGGAUACCCUUAUUAUUGAGUAUCGUGGGAAGGUGAUGCUGCGGCAACAGUUCGAAGUCAAUGGGCAUUUCUUCAAAAAGCCGUAUCCCUUUGUGCUAUUCUACUCCAAGUUUAACAGUGUUGAGAUGUGUGUGGAUGCCCGUACGUUUGGUAAUGAUGCCAGAUUCAUUAGGCGUUCCUGUACACCAAAUGCAGAGGUUCGUCACGUCAUUGCAGAUGGGAUGAUUCACCUGUGCAUAUAUGCUGUCACAUCCAUUGCCAAGGAUGCAGAAGUCACCAUUGCCUUUGACUAUGAAUACAAUAUCUGCAACUAUAAAGUGGAUUGUGCCUGUCACAAGGGAAACCGGAAUUGCCCUGUACAAAAGCGGAGUCCAAACACUGUAGAACAGCUACCUCCACCUAUUCUAGACACUUUGAUUGGAGCAGAAACGAGGCGUCGGAAAGCCCGCCGGAAGGAGCUGGAGCAGAGGGGUGCUGUCUCAGAUGAGAACAGCAAUCCACAGACAGAAGAAGUCCCUGAGGGGCUUGCUGCAGCCAGUGACAAUGAGGUUGCAGACAAAGAAGAGAAGCAAGAAGAGGAGAAAGAGGCUGCUGCAGAUGAGCAAGGAGGCCUCACUCAGAGUAGACGGACACGUGAAGAUCGGAAAGUGGAAGCCGUCAUGCAUGUGUUUGAGAACAUGGAAAAAAGAAAGAGAAGAAAAGAUCUCCCAUUGGAUCGGAGCAGCACAGACACAGAAAUGGUGGUUAAUGCAGAGACUCCAGAACCAGAGGAAGUUAAACCUGAGCCAAUUGAGCCUGAAGAUAGUGGUGUGGCUUUAAAUGCCCCAGUGCCAGUUGCCCUUCCCAGUGUCAGCAGCAUUGGAGUGAAUACACGGAGGUCUUCACAAGCUGCGGAGACAGGAACAGAGAAACCAGUCUCUAAAACAGCACCAACAAAACCAACAAGACCACGACCCAAAAGUCGUUUUUCCCGUUACCGGAGCAGUUCGGCACAACGGCUAAGAAGACAAAAGCAGGCCAAUACACAACAGUCAGAAAUCACUCAAGCAGCUCCAGAGGAAGGCAGUGGAGUGAGUGCAGUCACUUCAGCAGAAGCCAGCAGCACAGAAGGUCCAGGAGAAGGGAAAAUGUUAUUGGGGUCUGAGCUAGCGGUGGCCGCAGUUAUUGGCUCACAGCCCAACCGAGUGGCACUCAAGUAUCCCAAAACAAAAAAGUAUCUAGUUACAGAAUGGCUCAACGACAAGGCAGAGAAGCAGGAAUGUCCCAUUGAGUGUCCUUUACGUAUCACCACUGACCCAACUGUGCUGGCUACUACCCUCAAUAUGUUGCCAGGCCUUAUCCACUCCCCACUCAUCUGUACCACACCUAAACACUACAUACGUUUUGGUUCUCCUUUCACCCCAGAAAGGAGAAGGCGGCCACUUCCACUGGAUGGGAACUACAGCUCGUGUAAAAAGCGCUGGAUAAAGCAAGCUCUGGAAGAAGGGAUGACUCAAACUUCGGCUCCCUCCCAAGAGAACAGAAUACAGUGUCUAUACCAAAGUAGUGAAAGCAGUAGCACUUCUGGCAUCUGCAAGGAGAGUGCAGAUGUACUGAGCCCCAUGAAGAAGUGGAAGUCUCGGUAUUUCAUGGAACAGAGUGUCGACAAGUUGUUGAGGCCGCUCUCUCCUGUCACUCCCCCGCUACCUGACUCCUCCGUUCCAGACUCGCUGAGCCCACAUCUUACCACAUCCUGUUCAUCUGUGCCAGGAGAUGAGGAAUGUCGUAGUGGCUGUGGCAUGAUCUUCUCACCGAUUCCCUCUUUGGCUGCUAGCCGUUGCAAUACUCCACUACAGUUUGAGAACGUAUCCUCCCCUGAGAGUUCCCCUGCGCAUAGGCCCGAAUCCCUGUCACCCGAGCUCUGCCUCAAGACGGACCUUGACAUGCCGAAGGCAGGAUUUCUGGAUGCCAGCACUAACAGCAGCCUUGAGAGGCCCUUGUUGCUACUGCCUCCGGGCCCUUCAGAUCAGGCAUCCCAGGCCCUGGAGACCAGCUUCCCAGGAAAAAGCGGAGAAGGUCAGGCACCGCUAAGAAGCUCUGACCAGGCCUUCCGGACAGAUUUUAACUUAAUGUAUGCCUUCUCUCCUUUGAACGCUAUGCCCCGGGCAGACGGCUUGUUACGGGAGUCUCUCCAUCUAACUGAAAGUAAGCCUUUGAAUCCAGAGCAGAGCUGCUGUAGUUCUCCUGCAGAUGGAUACUUUGGCCGACAUGAUCAAACAUUGCUGAAAGAGGCCGUACAUGGGCCCAUGCCCCACUGUGGGGAGAGAACAUGUGAUGGGAUUAGAUCAGCACCCCAGAACCCUCCACAGAGAAAAAAGGUGUCUCUGUUGGAGUACCGUAAACGAAAGCAAGAAGCCAAGGAAGGAGGGGAUUCUAUUCGGUGCACGGGGACACCGACCCGACUGGGUGGCAGCUGCCCUGGGGCAGACCUGGAUGCUGGUGCAGCGCUAGGCUCAGGAGCCCACACACUUUCCUCCCCCCAGCACAGCUUCUCGCCUUCACAUUCCUCCCUGGCUCACCUAGAGGAAGUCAGCCCACCAGAACCAAGGGGAGCCACACACUGCAAAUCACAGGAUAGCAUCAGCAGUAGGUGGAUGGUGCCCACUUCAGUGGAGCGUCUUAGAGAAGGCCGUGGCAUUCUGGAGAAGGUUUUGCGCAGCAGUGCUAAAAUAUGUCAGAGGGGAGAGCCCUCACCCACUCGGGACGGCCUUGGGGACAGGGAAGCAGAUACCAUGGAAGGAGACCCAGCAGACCCCCUCAGUUCUUCCCUCAAGGGACCAGCUGUUUACAGUCCUUCUCGAUACAGCUACCAGCUCUUGCAGUCUGACAGCCCGCAACCAGAGUCGCAGAUCGUCCUCCAGAGCUGCUCUCCCUACCGAGGACAUCCCCUCCCAUCACCUGGAUACAGCUACAGGUCUCAGUCCCAGAGAACUGGGCACCUUCCGCCCCUCGGCCCCUCGGAGUCUUCUCUUUCUUCCGCUCCCUCGGUGCCCACGGACCCUUCGGCUCUUUUUGCAGGGAAUUCUGGGUAUGGGGCUCUAAAGAAGAGCUGUCCUGCAAUGACUGCUCCUAGCCCUGUCCAGCCUGCCAUCGCAGACUCUUUGCCCUCCUCGGACACAGGGAGCCUGGGAGCUGCUUCUGGCUGCACUGCCCCUCCUCCCCCGCCGCCCCCACCACCUCCCCCUCCUCCGCCCCCUCCUUCGUCGUCUUCAUCGAGACCCCCCCAGUCAGACUUGCGGACUAUCAACCCCCCUUCCUCCGGGCUGCCCACGCUGUACCAGAGCUCCAGAGCCCCCACCGCAGCACUUUCCAACUCGCAGCACUACUCCCACCGAGGGGGAGGAGGCAGCAUCCAUCCGUACAGACUGCAGCAGCUUCCGGGGUCGGGCGUCAAGACUCAGACAGGCCUUUCAUAGGGCAAAGCAGAAGAGCCCUCUGCUCCUCCCAGUGGCAGCUGACGGAGGGGUGGUGCUGCUGGAAUGGCAAAGGCCAGAGAGAAAGAGCCUACUGCCAACCACCUUUGGCUUUGGAACGAGGAGACAGCGGUAGCGGCGGAGCCUGUAGCAGAGUGUCUCCCUGAUACCUGAGUAUGUUGUAGAAAGCGAAGGGUGCUGAGAGGUACGGCCUCGGUUGCCUACCAGUGCCCUUAGCUGUAGCCAUCUGGGCAGGUAGGAAAGCUUGAAUAUGAAACCAGUGCAAAUCAGAAAGAAAAUAAACAUAGGGGGAGAGGGUAUGGGGGUGGGGGGCAUUAUUCAGAAUCCCAAAGUGCUCUCUGCAGGGUUGAGUUCCCAGGGUAUUCUGGGUCAGGGAGGGUGGGAGUUGUAGUCCAUUCUGAUCAUUCCAGUUUGCAAGCAAGAGCAUUUAUGGUGUCCAGGCUCUGGGCAGAGAGCUACGGGGUGGGACUGGUAGCAGUGUGUGAGUGUGAGAGUGCAAGGCGUGCAAGAAGGUGUUCCUGAACACUGUCACUGCCAUGAGUUUUGGAAGAGGGCCUUGGGCAUGGAAUACUUUGUACCACUGCCAAGAAAGGUGUGGGGGCAGCAUGCAAGAGGAGAGUGGCGCUUUGACUGUGGCAGCUUGGUGGCUUGUCAGAGUGACUGCCUUAGAGUCUGAAGGGUUUGUGUAUGAUGGCAGAAGGAGUGCCCAGUUUGGCGCAGCUGCUGCUGCUGUUGCUGCUGGUGGUGGUACUGCUGCUAUCAAAAGUAUCUCCAAGUAUGCGAGAGCUGCCUGCUACCAUCCCUGAGGUCCAAGAGCUGGUCCAGGUCUCCUGGGUGCUCUGUUCAAUUCCACACAGUUGCCAGCUUUUCUCACUUGUUUACUAUCAAGCGUGUGUUUUUAUUUAUCUAAUUUUAUAUUCAGUUAUAACCAUAGUAGGUUAGCAAAUAUCAGGCAGGUCUAACCUCGGUGCUGCCAUGGACCUUUUCUCUUGGAUCAGAUAAUGCGGUGAGCAGAUCUUCCCUCAUUUCUCAGAUGCACAGUUUCUUUUUGGGUUUUUCUUUUUUGUUUUGUUUUUUUUAAUUAGGACUGUUACAAGGUUUUGCUAACUCACUGAAAUCAGGUGUUCAUUCAUUCAGCUUAGGGGAGACUUUUUAUCAAGGCUGAGAAAAGUUUAAAUAAAAAAGAAAACUUUCCUCGAAAUGUCUGGCUGUGAGUGUGUUGCGGAUGGAACUAGUCACCCGGAGCCAUGGGUGUCUUCUAUACUGUAUAAAAGGGUGUCAACUUCACUGGGCUUAGCCGGCUCCCUUUCUGUCAUGCUGAGCAUGCCUCGCUUUGCCGGAGAGGAUCGUGGAGAGCAGCUGGUGAGCAGGAAGCACCCUCCUGGAUGUACAGGAGGCCGGGGAGGAGCCGCUGGGGAGGGGGCUGCAGUGCUGCCCGGAAGCGGAGUUGUACACUGUGCUGUAACAUUUGAACUUUCACAAGAGAUGUAAUAAUUUUGAUAAUAAAAUACUUAACUUGAAAA